GCAAUUCAUUUCCUGCAUCGGCCGAAAGGUCUUUAGGCUUUACCAGCAAAAUUAUAAAUCAGGAAUAGAAUAAAGUGACAGACAGACAGCAACCCAAGAAUCAAUCAAUAAAACUAUGCUUACAGCUUCCCUUUCUCUCUUCAUUUUCAUCUCCCUCCCCACCUAAACCAACACCUUAAUUUAUUUCUCCUCUCAACAACAAACAAAGAUCACACAAAAAUGGGCUGCUUUGGGUCAAGAAGUUCCAAAACAAAUUCUCCCACGAAACCUGAAGAAAACCCAGCAGAACCCAAGAAUCUAAAACAAGAAAUAUUUCUAAAAAUCCCAGCAUGCACAGUCCAUCUCAUGGAAGGAGGAGAAGCUUUCGAACUCGCCACCGGCGAGUUCAACCUUAUAAGAAUCUUGGACGACAAUAUUUCUCUAGCCACAAUCAUAAAAGUUGGCGACAAUCUUCAAUGGCCAUUAACAAAAGAUGAACCAGUAGUGAAACUUGAUUCCUCACACUAUCUGUUCUCUUUGCCGAUGAAAGAUGGCGACGAGCCUUUGAGCUACGGGAUCACUUUCUUGGAGCAGUGUGAUAGUAGCUUGAGGUUCUUGGAUUCUUUUCUUGCGGAGCAUUCUUGUUUUUCUAGCUCUGUGUUGUCGUCGUCGUCGUCGUCUGUGAAGAGUAGGAAGAAUAAUAAUGAUCUUGAGUGGAAAGAGUUUGCGCCUAGUGUUGAAGAUUAUAAUAAUUUUUUGGCUAAGGCUAUUGCUGGUGGAACUGGGCAGAUUGUUAAGGGCAUCUUUAAGUGCAGUAAUGCUUACACUAAUCAGGUUCAUAAAGGAGGAGAAAUGAUUCAAAGUCGUGCUGCAGAGGACAAAAAUGGUGCCAAAGCUACGAGCAGCAACACAAGUACCGGGGCCACACAGAACACUAAAGUCAACAACAGCUUGAAACGUGUGAGAAAGCUGACGAAGAUGACAGAAAAGCUGAGCAAAACAAUGCUCGAUGGCGUCGGAAUCGCCACCGGUUCGGUAAUGGCUCCAUUAGUGAAAUCACAAGCAGGAAAAGCAUUUUUAUCCAUGGUUCCAGGGGAAGUUCUCUUGGCUUCACUUGAUGCUGUCAACAAGAUUCUAGAUGCAGCUGAAGCUGCUGAAAAACAAACUUUAUCUGCCACUUCAAAGGCUACAAGCAGAAUGGUCAGCAACAGGUUUGGUGAAAGUGCAGGGGAGGCAACAGAGGAUGCGUUUGCGACGGCCGGGCACUGUGCUGGUACUGCUUGGAAUAUAUUCAAGAUUAGAAAGGCUUUGAAUCCUGCUUCUUCCGUCUCUGCUGGAAUGCUCAGAACCGCUGCUCAGACCAGAAAAACCAACUCAUAACUCAUAAUUAUUAAGCCACUGUAUUUGUUGAACAUUUGAUGCACUCUUUGCAUUUUUUUCAGUUUGUUCUUUUUUGUGAACAAUUUAUGAACUGAGCAGUUAACAAUCUAUCAGUUUGAAUUUAGAGAUGAUUUUGAAGUUUCAU